CUGCGCGCACCUUACCCUCCAGGAUACAAGCUGCGACACAAACCUCAUCCUGCAAGCAUCCGAGCACGAGGAGGUAUGCCACGUGACAAACGACUAAAGUCGCGACGGUCAAAGAAAAGGCGAGAUGAACGACGAGACUUUAGCCCAACCCAGUCGCAUCACUCGCGGUCUAGAUCACGACACCGAGCACGGUCCAGUUCUUCGCAUCGUGCGCGGUCAGGGUCAUUGUACCGUGCCCGGUCUAAGUCUCUGCUCCGCGUGCGGUCGAAAUCGCCGAGACGUGCGCGAUCGAGGUCAGCAUCACGGGUGGUUUCCCGGACGCCCCGAGUAAGCAGAACCAGGAGGGACUCAAGUAAGCAGAGUUUUAACUUUAAUAUUACUGGUGACCAUAGUCAUUCUCGUAAUGCAGAACGCGAACAUUUGAUUGAACUCGAUGAUGGUCAGCCUAACAGGAACCACAUGAACGCUAGCUUAUUUGAGAAAAUGUUAGAUAUAAUGAAAGAUUACAAGAAAAAUUCCGAUAAUAGUGAUAGAUUUCCUGCUCUUAACGUUAUACCAGAUUUUGAUCCCAUGACAAGAGAACAGACGGUCGAUACUUGGAUUCAGAAAGUAGAAGAGUGCGCCCAAAUAUAUAAUUGGAACGAUAAGCAAACAAUCCAUUAUGCCUUGCCAAAACUCUGCGGAGUUGCAAAAACGUGGUACCAAGGAUUGCCGUCGGUCUUCUUUUCAUGGAGAGAAUGGAAAGAAAAACUGCUAAACUCGUUUCCAUCUAGAGAAAAUUAUGCAAAGCUACUAACGGAGAUGCUUAGUAAAAAAUCAAAAUUUGGUGAAUCUUUGGAAUUAUAUUACUAUUCAAAACUUAACCUAUUAAACAGAUGUUCCAUUUUUGGUAAAAAUGCAGUAGACUGCAUAAUUUAUGGAAUCGAGGAUCGUGGUAUUAGAUUAAGCAUACAAGCAGCCCAAUUUAAUGAGCCAGAACAGCUUUUAAAAUACUUUAAAACUAUAAGAGUUGGUCAAAAUAAAGAGCUAGAUGUUAAUAAAAAUAAAGAGAAAAGGUAUGUCGCCUCCAAUAUUUCAAGCUCUUCAGAUACGGGAAAAACAAGCAAACCUGACCAUAAAGUAACUUGUUACAAUUGCAAUGAGACGGGUCAUACAUUUUACAGGUGCCCUAAGCCGACUAUUAAAUGUAAAAACUGUAGGUGGAGAGGCCACACUGCAGAAAACUGUCCCAAAAAUAUUAGCCAAACAUCUAAACAUAUAGAUAAACCGGGAACCAGUGUCAAAACGGUAAUGGAAGUUAAUAUACCUGAAAAUAGCAAUGCGAAGUACCGAGUUCCAGUAAAGGUCAACAGUAAUGUCCUUCUUGCUCAUAUCGAUUUAGGAAGUGACUGCACUUUAAUUCGAUUGUCAGAUGCAGAGAAAUUAUGUGUUAAAUGGCAGGCUGUUGAUUCUCCCGUUCUGAAAGGAUUAGGAAAUACUCCUUAUCGACCAUUAGGAGUAACGUACGUAACUAUAGAUAUUCAAGGUGUAGUUGAAGAAAAUGUAAAAGCAUUAAUAGUAGACGACUACAUGAUAAGCCAUCCUAUACUCAUUGGACACACGUAUACUGAGCGCCCUACAAUAGAAAUUAUUAAAACCCCUUCAGAUUUGAUUAUAAAGCGAAGUAACUUCCAAAUUGAAAAUGUUAAGAUACCUCUUGUAGUUUCUGAAAAGGUAGUCUUAAAACGUGAUGGCCUUUCUAUAAUUUGUGCUAAAUCUGAAAAGGAUAUUUCUGGUUCUAUUUACGUUCAUGGGGAUAUCAGGGGACCCCCGGGCAAAGAAUAUUUCUUAUUACCGGGCCAAUUUGAAAUAAUAAACGGAAUAACAAAGCUACUGGCUCAAUGUUUAAGCGACAAUACGGUCGAGAUAGGACACGGAACUUUAAUAACUCGUGCACGUAGCAUAACUAAUAAUUGCAACGACAUGGCCUCUGUUUUAAAUAUAAACUUAGAAGAUGAGUCGAUAACUUUAAACUGUGGACUUGUGGAUCCCGAGCAAAAGAAUAAACUAGCUGAUUUACUGGACAAGUACAAAGGAUGUUUUUCAUCAAAUUUGCAUAACUUGGGAUUCACUACAGCUGCAGAGAUGGUCAUUCAUCUAAAAGAUUCAUCACCGAUAGUAUAUAGGCCUUAUCGGUUAUCUUUUGCCGAUAGACAAUUAGUCCGUAACAUGAUUCAGGAAAUGCUCGACUGUGGAAUUGUUCGGGAGUCUGCUUCGCCUUAUGCUAGCCCGAUAGUUCUAAUACAAAAGAAAUCUGGGGAAAAAAGGUUAUGUGUGGACUAUAGAGCGCUUAACAAUAAAACAAUUAAAGAACAUUACCCCUUACCUCGCAUCGAAGACCAACUAGAUUUACUGAGUGGGAGUAAAUUAUUCAUCACUCUGGAUCUCGCAUCUGGUUAUUACCAGAUUCCGAUUGAGGAGGGGUCCCGUGACAAAACUGCGUUUGUAACACCAGAUGGGCAGUUCGAAUAUACCAGGAUGCCGUUCGGGCUGGUGAAUGCACCAUCUGUAUUUCAAAGAGCAAUGAAUAAAAUUCUAAACAAAGCACGAGUAAAAUAUGCUCUCGUCUACAUGGAUGACAUCCUGAUCCCAGCAAAAACCUUUGACGAGGGCUUAUUGCGUUUGGAGGAAGUCCUCGCACUUCUAAAAGAAGGUGGGCUUACGCUAAAGUUAAGCAAAUGUAGGUUCUUCUUUGACAAAAUUGAGUACUUGGGGUUCGAGAUAAGCGCUGAUGGAGUUCGUCCAGGAUCUCUUAAAACUGAUGCUGUUUCGAAAUUCCCAACUCCUCUAAACCAACACGAUGUGAGAAGAUUCAUCGGUUUGGCGAGUUUUUUUAGGCGGUUUAUAAAAGAUUUCGCUAUCUUGGCACGACCGCUAACAACAUUAUUGAAGAAAGAUGUCAAAUGGCAAUGGAGUUAUGAAGAACAAAAAUCUUUUGAAACCCUUAAGACAAAAUUAGUCCAACGACCAGUACUAGCUCUAUAUAAUCCAGAAGCAGAAACACAACUUCACACUGACGCUAGUAAAUUGGGCAUUGCAGGCAUACUUCUACAAAGAAAUUCUAAUUGUAUUCUCCAACCUAUUGCCUAUUAUAGUCGUCAAACUAACCCUGAUGAACAGAAACUUCACUCUUUCGAAUUAGAGACUCUGGCGGUAGUAGCGUCUCUGAAUAAAUUCAGAGUGUACCUACUAGGCAUAAAGUUUAAAAUUUUCACAGAUUGCAAUGCACUACGCACAACCCUUACCAAACGUGAUCUAAUUCCGCGCAUUGCCCGCUGGUGGAUACAGUUUCAAGAGUUUGAUUGUACUAUUGAACACAAACCGGGCGAAAAAUGGCGCAUGUCGAUGCAUUGA